AAGCAUUGAUUAAAAAAAGAAAAAACCCGAAAUAGAAAGAUGGAGCAGAUAAUCACGGCGAGUCGUAGUGUGAAGCCAUCAUCUCCAACUCCGCUUGCAUCCAAAACCCACAAACUAUCAUUUCUCGACCAAGUUGCACCACCAGUUUACCUCACCCUCAUCUUCUUCUACGAAAAUGCUCAAUCUCAGCAGCACGAUGAAAUCUCGCGACGUCUCAAACAAUCUCUGUCGGAGAUCCUUACCAUCUUCUAUCCCUUGGCAGGCACAAUCAAGCAAAACACAUUCGUCGACUGCAACGACUCCGGAGCCAAUUUCGCGGAGUCCCGAGUUCACGCCCGCCUCGCACACUUCACACAAAACCCUAAAAUGGAGCAACUUGGAAAACUAAUCCCCGCCGGCUUCUCAUCCGCCGCAGAUAACCCCACUCUCUCAGUAAAAACCAGUUACUUCGACUGCGGAGGAGUCGCCGUCGCCGUCUUUUUCCCACACACAAUAGGCGAUACCUCAUGCUUCGCAACGUUCAUGAACGCGUGGGCGGCCGCUUCCCGCGGGGAAGCUUCUAGAAUCAUCCAUCCCUCGUUCGAUCUGGCGCUCCGGUUCCCUCCGAGAGACAUAUUCGUCUCCGGAUUCCGUGCGGGAGUCACGGAGGAGAAAAUCGCGACGAGGAGGUUGGUUUUCGACAAGGAGAAGGUGGAGAGCAUUAGGGAGUUGGAAGCUUCUAGAAGCGAGGUGAAGGAUCCGAGCAGAGUGGAAGCCGUCUCGGCUUUCCUCUGGCGGAGCUUCAUCCGCGCGCAUAAACAAACGGGGAGGGGAGAAACCGAAACGGCGUCGUUCCCGACGUGUCACAUGGUGAGCAUGAGGCGGCGGGCGGCGCCCCCGGUGGCGGAUCGCGCCUUCGGGAACUGCUUCACGCUAGCUCCGGCGGUUGCGUCCGGAGAUGGAGAUGAGGAGGAUGUGCUGGUGUCGAGAUUGAGGGCUGCCAUACGAGGAGUGGACGAGGAUUACGUCGCAGCCAUCGGCGACGGAGAGUUCGCUCGAGCGGCGCUGGAUGAAAUGGGCAGACACUUUGGAUGGGGAAACUGUGUUUUCACGAGCUGGUUGAGGUUUCCGUUGUACGAUGUGGAUUUCGGAUGGGGGAAGCCGGUUAGGGUUUGCCCGGGGACGAUGCCGUACAUGAAUCUGGUGAUUCUUAUGGACACUCCGUCUGGAGAUGGUAUCGAAGCGUGGAUUAACGUUCCUCACGACCAAUUCUUCCAAUUCAUACAAGCCGAUUACAAUAUGCUCCUCACUUAAUUAAUUAACUUAAUUAGUGAGGGUGAUUACACUUUUGUAUCACAUAAUAAACCUAUUAGUGACCA